AGUGCACACCAAGACAACGUCAAUUAAGAACUUUGGACGGUUGUUUAAAGUCGAAUUUGGACGGAUUGGGAUCAAAACUCAAUCAGAUAACGGUAUCGUUUCACUGCGAUGGUUGGUUCGUUUGCACAUCAGCCAUCGGACUUCUCGAUUUCCGGGCUCGGAGCAAGUCCCAAACCUUUCCAUCUCAUCACCAACGCCGCCGCUCUCCGCCUUGGUCGCUUCCUUCGUCACAGUUUCGUCUCCCAUCGCCAUCACUUGGAGUCUAUUCUGCAAUCACCUUUAAAGUUAAACGGAGUGUCUCCGGGAAGAUCACACCAAUUACAAUGGUUUAAACUUCCUCAAUGGCCUCAUGAUGCCGUUUCUAGCUGCCUAUUGUUUUUUAGUGGAGAAGGAAACCAAACCAAUUUUGGAGACCAAGAAAAGGCAUACUUAACAACUCCCACAAGAGGUCCAGUUAAUAGAAGGAGAUUGACAGAUACAUUGCUUGCCAUUAAUGUGUUGGUAUAUAUUGCACAAGUAGCAUCAAAAGGACAGUUGUUAAUGUGGGGAGCAAAGAUUAAUGGUCUAAUUGACAAAGGACAGCUAUGGAGGCUAGUUACAUCUGCCUUUCUACAUGCAAAUCUCGGACACCUUAUGAUUAAUUGUUAUUCUUUAAACUCCAUUGGCCCUACCAUGGAGCUUCUUAGUGGCCCCAAAAGAUACCUGACAAUUUAUUUGGCUUCUGCAAUCUCAAGUUCAACAACGAGUUAUUGGCUUAAUAAAUCACCAGCAGUUGGUGCGUCUGGGGCAAUCUUUGGAUUAGUGGGAUCUUUUGCCAUAUUUGUGUUGAGACACAACAAGAUUGUUAAAGGUGGUGUAGGAGACUUGAAGUAUGUUGCACGUGUGAUCGCCUUAAAUAUGGCCAUUGGGCUGUUGUCACAAAGUAUUGACAACUGGGGACAUCUUGGAGGGUUAAUAGGUGGAGUUGCUAUAUCAUGGCUUAUUGGUCCUGCAUGGAGGUUUGAAUCAUCAUCUCAUCAUGGAAGAAGAGUACUUGUUGAUAGAGCACCUAUUUUCUCUCUCCCUGGCACAAAACAAGCAUCUCAGUAAAAUCUAUUUCACCAACAAUAUGUAUUCAUUUCAUCCACAAAUACAAAAUAAGGGUUCAUCCACUUCUAAUAAUUAUAUAUACAAAGGUUGUUUCCAUUUCA